CAAAUGCGUACAGGUCAUCCGAGGCUUGACUUUUCCCAUAUGACAGAACAGCUACAAGCCAGACCGAACCAGCGCCACCGCCAGCUACAUGCCGAGCGGCGGCGGGCCCACCACCUCCCUCGCCGACACCGCUCGCUCUUCUUCUUUCUCAUACGUUUUCCAUAAUCUCGCCCAGCCUCUCCUCGGCUUGCCUUUUCAAUCUUAUCAGUGUUAUUGACACACUUUUACUUCGUCAAGCUUUGGGGAUUUACGAGCGAUUGGAUCGAUCGAUCAAUCGCGCAUCUCCACUUCCUUGAAUCCUCCUCCGCGUUUGCAUUCUACCUUUGUCAUUUGUUGUAUAUUCUGCUCGUCACCGACACAUCGGAUUUUGUUUUCCACGCAUCGAUCUUUUGCUUGCCGAAAUUGUGGUGUACUUUGACGAAUAAUGGAUGAAUUCGGAGUUCUGGUUGAGAGCAUUGGGUUCAGAGCUCAUGGAAAAUCGGCGCCCAUGGCGGCAUUGAAGCACAAACCUAGAUCUCACUUCGCAGCCCCCAGCACCGUUAAUACGCGUGCGUUUGAUGAUUCUUCUUCGUUGCCUGUUGAUGAGCUAGACGGAAUAUUCCGAUCCAGUGUUAACAUCAGCAAAACUCAUCAGCCUCAGAAUUUCUUCGGUGGUGAUGAUAUAUUCGGGGGACCAGUUUCAAAUUCUCACCACAACGGAGGCGUUGAUUUGGAAUCAGUGUUCAGCAGCUCGAACAAACAUAGUGGUAGUUUGACUUCAAGUAAUUCUUCAGCUUCCAAUUCCAAUACCAAUUCCUAUGAUGAUUUGCUGGGAUCGAAUGGAUCAAAGUCAGAACAAGGAGAUGCUGUCGUUGAUUUGUUUGGGAUUUUUGAGGGGUAUGGUAAGCAGGGGAAAAAGCAGGCUGCAUUGGAUGAUUUGAUACCAGGAGUGGGAGGAAUUCGCUCUCCUAAGACCAACAGUGGAUACACUAAUGCCGGCAGAAAUCUGUCUAAAUCCAGCUCGGCUGUGGCUGAUGAUCCAUUCCUUGUUUUUGAAUCAUCUGCACCUCAAUCAGAUGCCUCCUGGCCAUUUGACGUGCAGUCGGUAAAAGAUACAGGAAAAGGUUCGGUUCAAUCUUCAAUGGAUGACUUAGAUGACUUUUUUAUGGGUGGGGUGAGGAAUGGUUCGAAUGUUGAGCAAUCACGGAACACAUUCAACAAGCUGAGUCCAGGGACAAGAUCAAAUAGAUUUAAGAAUACCAAUUAUGUGGAUGAAACUUUUGGCGGUGGCAAUCAUGAGCAGCGCAAGAAUGCAGCAAGACCAAGUCGUGUGGCAGAGAAUUCCCUCUUUGAUGAUUUCUUCCAUGAAGAGAAGAGGACUGAGGUGAAGAAGAGUACGUCUUCACAAUCGACAUUCAACACAAGGAAGGCCUCCAUGUCUACGACCCCUGGAGAUGAUUUCUCUGCUCUAUUUGGAGAUGUUAUCCCUUCAUCAGGGGAGUUUGUAGAGAUAGAGGGGGAACCUGCAGAAAGACGAGCAGCUAGGCGAAAACGUUAUCUGAUGACAAAUACUCGAAUGGCUGAGGCGCUAGCUCUAAAAAAUCAGCGUGAUCAUCAAAUUCAAUGUGAACAGGAAGAGAAGCGUGAACUUGGUGAAGCUUUGGACAAUGAGAUAAGGCGAUGGGCUGCUGGAAAGGAAGGAAAUCUUCGAGCCUUGUUGUCCUCAUUGCACCAGAUUUUGGGGCCUGAAAGCGGUUGGCGGCCUGUGGCACUAACGGACUUGAUAACUUGGGAUUCUGUUAAGAAGGCAUACAUGAGGGCAAACUUGUAUGUCCAUCCGGACAAAGUUCAACAAAGAGGGGCGAAUAUUAGGCAACAAUGCGUAGCAGAAAAGGUCUUCGAUCUUCUCAAGGAUGCCUGGACCAAAUUUAGUUCGGAGGAACUGCGAUGAGAUGAGACGAGUGAAGUUAAAAAGAUGAAGAAGGUUUGUAAUUGUAUGGUGGCGUUAAUGUCUACGACAUCCUCGAAUAGCAAAAGAGGCUUGAGAGCGGAAGUACUGGAUUUAAGAUACAAGAAUCCAGUAUGUAAAUGCGGAAAAUAUACUGCUAUUAGGGUCGUUGGGCCUACCAAAGAUACCGAAGGUAAGUUUUUUUGGAAUUGCAAAAUCAGACAAUGUGAUUUUUUUUGUUGGCUUGAAGCCUUGAAUGCACAAGAGAAGGAACGAUCAAAGUUGAGAGUCGUUAACUCUGACGAAGAAGAUGAAGUAAUUUCAAAACCUGAAGCAAGUAUGAAUGCAUGUCAUGGUGCCAUAGGGAGGGCUGAAAUGGACAACAUUGCUAGAGUGAUAGAGUUGAACAUAAAGCAUUUGGAAAAAAAUACGAAUAGGGUUACAUAUCUUUGUGUUUUUGUUUUUGUUGUUCUUGCAUUUAUGGUAAUAUGUAAGUAGGUGUCUAUGUUUUUCGGUGUUGUAUUUAGAAAUAUCUCUUGUAUUCGGUGUUUGAACUAUUGUUAUGACAUCUUUUGGAUUUCAUUGU